AUGUCGGGCGGUUUUUUCAGGGGCACUUCGGCCGAUCAGGACACUCGGUUCUCCAACAAGCAAGCUAAACUGUUGAAAUCUCAGAAGUUUGCUCCUGAAUUGGAACACCUGGUUGACAUGACAAAGGUGAAGAUGGAUGUAAUGAGGCCAUGGAUUGCAAAUCGGGUGACUGAGCUUAUUGGCUUUGAGGAUGAAGUGCUUAUCAACUUCAUUUACGGUCUUCUUGAUGGGAAGGAAGUUAAUGGGAAGGAGGUUCAGAUUUCGCUUACUGGUUUCAUGGAGAGGAACACUGGCAAGUUUAUGAAGGAGCUGUGGGUAUUACUUCUGAGCGCUCAGAGUAAUGCAAGUGGUGUCCCUCAGCAGUUUUUGGAUGCCAAGGAGGAAGAGACAAAGAAGAAGAAGGCUGAGUCUGAUAGAUUAGCGAAUGAAAUACUGAGGAGGAAAGAGAAGGAGAGUCGAGAACUAGAACAAGAGAGAUCUGAGAAAAUGGACCGUGGAUAUAACUUGAAAGGUGUUGAUGGCGGUGUGGAGCCCAGUUCAAAGCAUGAACGUAGACCUCCUGCUGACAGGCUAGUUGAGGAUAAAGAGUUCAAGGAUAAGAAUGGAUCCCGAGGACGAAGCAGGGGUAAACGUUCACGGUCAACUAGCAAGUCCAAUUCCAAUUCAGAUGAAAGGCGCAGGUCAAGAAGUCCAUCUGCAUCCAAUAAGAGAAGGGGGCGGUCGAGUUCAUUGGAAAAGGUUCGUCGCUAUUCACCUCGACGUUCUAUCACUCCUCGUGGAAGGCAUGCUCCCCGUCGUUCUCGUUCUCCAAGUCGCAGAUCAUCUUAUUCAAGAAGGAGAUCAUCAUCUCGAUCAGACCGUAGAUCACCAUCUCCUGGACGUUAUAGGAUGCGUCGCAGAUCCCGUUCCCCCCUUCGACGUAGAUCAAGAUCUCCAUAUUGGCGUAGGCUAAGGUCCUCACCUCGUCGAUCUUCUCCUUGGAAUAGAUCUCGUUCACCAACCAGGCGCAGAUCACCAUCUCCAAUUCGACGAAAAUCACCAUCCCCUGUGAAGCACAGUUCACCAUCUCCAAUAAGGAGAAAGUAUCGAGGAUCUCCAUCACCGCGACGCAGGUCUCAAUCUCCAAUCCCGCGCAGGUCCCGAUCUCCCAUCCGGCGUAGGUCUCCAUCUCCAAUCCGGCGCAGGUCGCGUUCUCCAGUCCAGCGCAGGUCUCAUUCUCCCGUUCAGCGCAGGUUUCGAUCUCCAGUUCAGCGUAGGUUGCGAUCGCCUAUUCGACGGAGUUCACCAUCUCCAAUUCAGCGCAAGUCUUUGUCUCCUGUUCGUGAUAUGUCAGCUUCUCCUAUUAGGGACAAAUCAAAGUCUCUAAGUGGGAGCAGGUCACCUAGAAGAUCUCUAAGUGGGAGCAGGUCACCUAGAAGAUCUCUAAGUGGGAGCAAGUCUCCUAGAAGAUCUCAAAGACUAGCCAGUCCCAAAUCUCCUUCAUCGCGAGACUCGAGUUCUGCCUCGCCAGUUCUACACAGGUCCCGAUCUCCAAUUGGGAGGAAAUCACCAAAAAGGCUGGGAAGGUCACCGUCACAAUCUCCUAGAGGAAGAACUAGAGGACUUGAGAAACGUUCUCCAGUUCGUGAUACUGUUACUAGAAAAGCAAUUGACAGCCGAACUGAUGCUCGUGAAAGAUCCAACUCAAUGGAACGUGGGAAUCAAAAGGAUUCACAUAGAGCAUUGAAAAGACUGACGCCUUCACCACACAGAUCUUCUUACAUUUCAGAAGUUCAAAGAGAAUCAAAUCUAAUUGGAAAGAGGAAGUCUACUGAAAUGGAAUACAAUUCUUCAGCAAAACUGUCGUCACAAUAUAAACAUAAGCGUUCACAGACCAAUGGUAAUGAGAAAGUUUCUCCUGAAAGGGGAAACAAAUCUGAAAAGUUGGAGCACCAAAGGAAACCUGACCAACAUGAUGCACAAAAGGUUAAGGAUGCAAUUUUGAGCGAGAAGAAAAGGGAAUCACCUAUUAAAGGGAGAAACAAAGAGGAGAAGAUUCUUUCUCGCUCGGGUGAUCGCCAUCUUGAACGUGUACCCGAGUUGCCAGAGAAAGGCAGGCAAGAUGAUUGGAUUCCUUCUGUGGGUUCUGACUCGGAGCCGGAGGAGAUUGAUAAGAACAGAGCAAAAGUCAAGGACAAAAGAAAGAGUAAGAGGUCUGAGAGGCGAGAAUCAGGAUCAGAUAAUGAGUCAAGCUCUGAUUCUUAUGCCGAUGAGCGAAAAGAGGCGAAGAGGAGGAGGAAGGAGGAGAAAAAAACUAGAAAAGAGGAGAAGCGUAAACGGCGGGAAGAGAGACGUCGCAGAAAAGAGGAAAAGCGGUCAGGAAGGCACAAAAUGAAGUCUGGUGGAACAGUUUCUACACCUUCAGAUACUGAAGGAAAACAUGAUGAUGAUUUUGAUGACCGAGGUGUCAAAAAACGUGAUUCUGGUCUGGAUGACGUGGAAGAACCGCUGAAUGAGCAGAAAAAACUAGAGAUUGAGCUGCGAGAAAAGGCCAUUGAGUUAUAUAUGGCUAAGAAGGGCAUUAGCCAUUGA